UCUCUCUCAUCCCCUCUUUCUCUCUCUAGAAACCCUCUCUCUUAUUCCAUACGUACACACUUACUGUAUCCUCGAACCCUGUUUAUAUAAGUCUCCUUUUGUCCUUUAGAUAGUUUCUCAUGUCAUUACAGAUCUUCUGAGUGAGUUUUAGAGAGAGAAAAAGAGAGUUUCUAGUUCUACUUUCUAGAGAGAGAAACCAUGGAGCUUGCUUUGAGUUUAGGAGAUACUCCAAAACCCUUUUCUUUGUUGGAUCAUCACACCAGAUCCACCCAACAAAAGAUGCAAGAUUUAGGGUUUUGCAUGGGCUUAGGAAACCCUAAAAAUAUGAUGAGAGAGAAACCUGAUGAGAAGAUCAUAACUUCUUCAACUGAUCAAUCACCACCGCCGCCGCCACCACCGUCAUCACCGUCGCCACCGCCGCUGCAGCUUGAUCUCCUCCCGUUCACCCCAGUUCUCCGAUCACCACCGCAACCGUCGUCAACUCACCGGUCUUUCCCAUGGCUAUCAAGAAACUCGGUUGUUGAACCCUUGACGGUGGUAUCUGAUCAAGAAACCGGUGAAGAACCGGCAGCCGGAAAGUCAUCACCGAACAACAGUAACAGUGGUACGUCGUCGUUUCAGAUGGAUUUCUCUUCAAUAUUCAAGAGUGAGAGAUCAUCAUUCCAUUCAAGAAAAAGAGAUUUGGAGUUAGCAACAAUGAAUCUUGAGUUGAUAGAUGUUAAAGAAAGAGAUCAAAGAGCUUGUUCAAGAGGUGGUGGUAUGAGUGAUGAAGAUGAAAACGGGCUGACCCGGAAAAAGCUCCGACUCACUAAAGAACAAUCUGCUUUUCUUGAAGAUAGUUUUAAAGAACACAGCACACUUAACCCUAAACAAAAGCAAGCUUUAGCUAAACAGUUGAAUCUGCGUCCACGACAAGUCGAAGUUUGGUUUCAAAACCGAAGGGCAAGGACAAAAUUGAAACAAACCGAGGUUGAUUGUGAGUAUUUAAAACGAUGUUGUGAAACCUUAACCGAAGAAAACCGAAGAUUGCAAAAAGAACUUCAAGAGCUUCGGGCCUUAAAGACUUCUCAACCAUUUUACAUGCAAAUGCCGGCCACCACUCUUACCAUGUGCCCAUCUUGUGAACGAGUCGCAACCUCCACAACCGCUGCUGCUGCCGCUGCCACCACUCCAUGCCAACAACCGCCCACCCACCGGCAGCCAUAGACACUAGCAUAAAACAUGUCAAAUGCAGAGUGCUUUGUUUUGGCCUUGGUCUUUGACUAAUUAAACAAUUUAGUAGGAAAAGAAAUCAGAAAUGCAAUUUGCAUGCUUGCAUAUGUAAAUAUGAUUUUGCCUCUUUUUGACCAUAUGUUUAUUUUCUUUAAUUUUUUC